AUGAGAACAUGUUUACUAAACUUUCUUGCUACUCAUGAAUAUGAAUUGGCAAGAGCACUUUUUAUUGAUUACUUUAAAACUGUAUCAGAGUCGGAUACAUUGUUUAUUCUUAAUCACUGUAUUGAAGAAUUGAAGGAUCCCAAAAAUCCUCACGUCACUAGUAGAUUUAAGUGGUUUUGUUAUUGUGUAUAUACCGAGUUACAACAACUGACCAAUAAUUCAAGCCUAAAAGGUUAUAAUAUUGAUGUAAUAUCUUUUGAAACAUUAUUGGAUUGUUGUGUAAAUACUUUUAAAUUAUCGGAUAAAUUUUCUAAAGAGCUUGUCAGGCAUAUGAAAUAUAUUUAUUCAUUUAGGUUAUUAUCAAAAAAGAAGUCAACAACAGAGACUGUAAUAACAACAUUAUCAUCAACUGGGUUAACAUUUUCACAAAAUAUGGAUAGUUCUAUCAUGGAUUUAAUUGGAGAAAUGUAUGAAAAAUGUCCAUUUCUAGCUUUCUAUUUAGAGAGGAAUGCAUUUGAGUUUAUUAAUGGAAAAAGUAUUUUAAUAGAAAAGUUAGAAAAUUUGUGUAAUGAUAGAGAUUAUGAAAAAGCUUCCUAUAUGCUUCGUUUCAUAUCUAAACAAAUUACUAUGGAUUCAGAGUCGAUUUAUUUAUUGAAAAACAUUUUUAAACAAUUAAUUGAAAAUAAGGCUAUAGCUCUAAAGUCUAGACCAAAUAAUCAAUUAAUUGAUAUCAUUUACGAGUCAUUAUUUAUUGCUGAUAUUUCAGACAAGGAAUAUAGUGAUGAACAAUUCAAAUUAACUAGAAUUUUCACAUCUUUGGAUGAGGAGUUGUUAUCAAAACAAAAAUUAAUUGAUAUUAUACAAGCUUCUCCUUCAUCUCAAAGUUUUUGGUUUCACUAUAUGGAAUAUAUUCGAGUUACUAAUAAUCAUAUUUUAGAAUCUGGGCUCAAUUUAGCACUGGAUCUCGUUGCUAAGAAAGACUAUGCCUCACUGAAUAUUCUUUUGGAUCAAGAAAACUUUUCAAACAUGAGGCCUCUUAUAAUUUUAUUAAGCUGGGAUAAUUACAAGUCUGACAUUACUGAACGACAUAAUAUCAUCCAAAAUAUUUGGAUUCAAGGAAAACAAAAAAGAACCCCAAUUUCUGAUCCAUGGGUAGAGUUUACAUGUAAUGAACUUGCAUUCUUUUUGGACUUUUCUUUGGAUGCAUCUGAACUUCUUUUAGAGGCCAAUAGAUCUAUGAAUACUAUUGAAAAGAAACAUAGUAGAGAUCUUAUCAAGUCGGUCAAGAUGAAGAAAUUGGCUGAAAAUGACUUUAAGUUUACAAACAAGAAAGAAAUUGCCAAUUUAUUAAUAGAUUUGGCUCCAAGUCAAAGCACUCUUAAUUUACUUCUGCCAUGGCUGGGUAAUUUGAAAGAAAAUGAUUUGGUUUCUCUUUUAAAGAAAAGACCUCAGCUGCGUGAAACGACAGAAAAUGAGAGAAAUAUCGAUUUGACUUUGUUGAGAGCUUAUUUUGCUAUUCACGAAGCAAUACAAAUAGUAAGAAACAAAUCAACAUCCAUUCUAGACUCCUUGAAGAGCAUUGAAGACAGCAUUGUAAAUAUAUCAAGUGAAUCCUACAGGCUCAGUACUUUGGAGAAUAUUUUCCAAAUUAUUUUAACAAAAUCAUCACAUAUCAAGGGUCAUACAGACAAUAAUUCUGUAUUUGUCAUUUCACCAAAUAAUUUACAUGAUAUGCUGGUUUUCUUAAAGACAGCCACAGAACUAUUACAACAGUCGAGUAAAGAUGAGAGAAUGGUUUUUAGAAUCGAAAGAUUCGUCAAAAUACUCGAUGAAGCAUUGUGGAGAUUUAGUUUGACAAGAAUGAUUUCCGAGUUUGAUAGAAAUUCUCUCAAUAGUUCCUACAAGCAACACCAAUUUGUGCAAAUGUGGACCGCUUCCCCUAACACACUUUUUGUUAUUUGCAUUAAGAGAAAUCUUUUCUCUCAGGCAAAGGAAGUCAUUACAAGAUUUAAUCUUGGUGAAUCAUUCAAGAAUCAAGUAAUAGAUGCUGAAAUAAUGUAUACCAUUCAUAAUGAACAUAAGGAUAAGAGUGUUGGUGAGAUUAUUCAAAAAUUCCCUAAUUUUAUAACACUUUUUGAUGUGCUCUUUUCUUUAAAGACUGAAAACAAGGAACUACAUGGCGUACUCAUAGAAAAAAUCAAAGAGCUCAAACCUGGUAUUCCUCUACUUGAUUUGUUUGCAAUGUAUUUGGAUUCACCAUAUCAAGGACCAAUAUUCAGAGUAUAUUCCAAACUAUUCAAUUACAAUCGUGAGGAUAAUAUCGAAAUUUUGAGAAAGUACAUAGAGGUAGAAAAAACAAAAUCAACCUCUCUAAAAGAUUUAUGUAUUUAUGAUAACAGAGGAUUCGAAAAUGAAAAGGCGUCAAAGUUAGCUGAUCUCAAUGGUAUUCACAUUUUAUCAUUUAUCUUAGAGUCAGCUUCACAAUCUAAAAUAUCAAAAUCGAAUGAUUUGAGUAUUUCACUAGAUUUAGCAAAGAUAAUAUCUCAAAAAUCUUCGUUAGUGGGAGCUUUGUCCUCUUUAUACUUUGCUGAUUACUCCAAGAUGAAUCCACAGUUCCUAGAGUUUAUAGAAAGUCAAUGCCAGAAUAGUGAAGUGAUGAAUAGAUGGAUGGCUAUUAAGCUAGAACCUGUAAAAGAUGCCAUUCAAUUAUCUAAACGACUUGACCUCUCAAGAAACCUCAAAAAGUAUACCAUUUCAAGUUUUGAGUCAGAUCAAGCAGACUCACUGUAUCUUGCUAUCAUUCAAAACUUGAUAGAUGCUGACGAUUACAAUCUUGCAUUGGAAAUGGCUGAGAAAGGUCUUACUCACUUUACACCUGAUUUUCUGUUAAAACUUUAUAUUGAAAAUAUGCCUGACCACUCUGAAUGUCACAAGUACAUUUAUAAUAUCAAGGAUAAGGAGCUUGCAUUUUCUUUAAUUGAAAUUUAUAUGGAUGAAUGGGAUAUUGAAGUUUGCAUUGAACUUAUCAGAUCAUGUUGCAGUACUUUUAGAAGUGAUAAAACAAAACAAAAAAUCUACGAAAGAGCCAGUAAGGUUUUGGAAAGGUUACACAUUUUCAAGGAGGUCCUCAGCAGUGAGCUAAGAGAUAACUAUGAUUCAUGGACUGAGAUGAAAGAAAUUUGCGAUCAUAAUCCAUACAGAUUUAUUUCUGAUUUGAUUACAGUGUGUGAGUUUGAUCUUGCUAGAAGAGCUGCCAAGAAUCUUCUUUCUACCUCCACCCCAAUGAAUAUUGGUGAGGGCUAUGAUUCUGUCAUGAUACACAUAGAACAAGAAUAUUGUCUUUAUAUUUUGGGAGAAAAAGCAAUUACAGACAAGAUUAUAAGCAAAGUGACACAAGCUUUAUCCAGACUCAGUCCUGAAAAUGCUCUUUCUGUUUGCAAACAUGUUUUGGAAAAGUUGGAAAUUUAUGAGAAUAAGCUAUUUGUUUGUGAAUUUAUUCUCUCAGUAUACAAGGAACAUCUCAAAAAGGAUCAAUUGGAACAAUAUACUGCUAGCUUGAUGGGUAUGAGAGUUUUAAAACUUUUAGAUGAGGAAAAUAAGAAAAAGUAUAAUCACCUACUUUUGAAACCAUCACUGAUAAUUGAAAAUUUAAUUAUCAAUAAUGAAAUGUUGAAAGUUUCAAGAAUACUCAACGAAUUACCAGAACUUCAAAACGACGACUUGCUGAUUGAAUAUGGUAUGAAAGCAUUGUCCUUAAAGAAUUUUGAACAAACAGAUACCACAAAGAAGAAAUCCUCUUCUCGUGUUUUCACUCUCAAUAAUGAGGAGCACAACAACAAUAUUAGAAUCAAUUUUUCCUUCCCUCAAGCUCCUAGUAUUCUGCUAGCCAAGUCAAUCUUGGAUAUUUGCAAGAAUAAUAGAAAGGUUGGAGAUUCCAUCUUGACGCUCUGUGAUGAAAUCAGCAAAACCCAACAUAUUUCAAGAACGAACAGAAUCAGUCUGGUUGGUCAAAUUGUCAGAUAUGCUAAAAUUUGUUUCAGUAAGGAUACGGAAUCUCAUGAAAGAUUAGGUUUAUGUGAUACUAUCCUUUCUCAUGUGGAAAUUUUAAAGCAAAUUAUUUAUCAUAAUUGUGCCAUUGGAAGUAUUUCUCUAAGUGAUUUAAGUCAACAAAAUAGAGCCAGACAAAUUCGUGACAGUCUAAUUCAACUUGACCAUUUGAAUUUAGCAUUGAAUGUUGCUACCAGAUGUCAAAUCGAAUCUGAUCCUAUUUGGACUCAAUGGGGUAUUACCCUUUUAACUUUAGGAAAGUACAAACAAGCCCGAGACAAACUCAAAUAUUGCCUUACUCUCACUCCUCAGCAAAAACAACAACUUCUUAAUAGAAUAUUGGCUAUUCUCGAAGGAGCUCCAUCUGUAGUUGCAGUUGAUCAGAAAAUGGGAGACAAGUUGAAAGAAUCUGUAUUGGACUCACCUGGUAACAGUCCAUCAAAGAAAAGAGCCUCUAUAAGUAUUGAACAAGUUGAAAAGUCACAACUUCACACUCAUCUCGAUGAAGAAAGAAUGAGAGAGGCCCAGUACUAUAUCAAACACUUUGGUUCGAGUGAUAUUUACAUUUCAUUCCUGGUUAGAAAUGGAAAAUUAGAUGCUGCUAUUCUUUAUCUUUUCAAGAAACAAAUGUCUCAAUCUCUUUUUGUGGAUGUAAUUGUAACAUAUUGUGUUAAAUAUGGAUUGAUGAAAUUCUUACAAAAUGUAAUCAAACAAUAUGACACUACCUUUACAAAGUGUUAUCCAUAUCUCACUGCCACUUGUAAAUAUUUGAAUCAAAAACAAGCACUCAACUUGCUCUAUGAUUUCCAAGUUUUUAUGGAUGAUAACAUCAGAGCUGGUUUGACCAAGAUUAGAUUAUUCUUAAAGACUGAUGAUCAAAAUCAACAACUCUCCCACUUGGAAGGUGCAAAGAAACAUUUCAUGACUGGGCUUCAAAAUAGUUCUACAGAAAAUGAUGUUCAAAAGCAAGUGUUAAAACCUGAUGAAAUUUCAAGAUAUGUCAAAACUAUCAAUUUACAAACAGAAGUCACAAAAAAGUUUGGAAAUGUCAUGAGUCCAUCAACUCCUAACACUAAGAUUACUCUAUUUGAUGCAGUUAAAGGAAAAUGUGAAAUAACUGAAUUUUUAAUGUUGCAGUCAUUUGAUUUAUCAUUUAGAAUUGCAUCUGAGUUCCAUUUACCAAUGGUCAAGCUAUAUAUUCGUACUCUGUGUAGUCUUGUGAGAAAGAAGCAAAUAGCAAUUAUAGAAAAUUUAUUGAAACAAAUUAGAGGAACUCCAAUUAGUGAUGAAGAUUGGGAUGCAAUCAUUAAUAAUAUUAUCAAACUUUAUAUUAAGGAAAUGAAUGAUGAAAAGAAUGCAGAAAAAUUUAUUGCAAAAUUGAGAAACGAUUCCAAGAAGGUUAGAGCUUGUUUGUUGUGUAAUAGAUUCAAAGCAGCUUAUUUGAUUGCUGUGAAAUGUGAUAACUUGGAUGAUGUCAAAUUAAUUUUCGAUUAUUGCAAUCAGGUUGAUUCUAAGGCAACUCAAACAAUAGCUGAGCACUGUCUGAAAUAUUUGAAAGAUCAUGGAGUUCAAAUUGUAUUGCCAACUCAACCAACAUCUAAUUCAAAAUAA